CCUCACAAACACAUCUGGUUUCUCCCGGUCAGCAGUCACCGGCCUCUCUGUCGGCACGGAGCUGGACAGCCUGAAACACAGCAGGUCGGAGUCCAGCGGGUUUUAGGAGGCAGAAAGGCAGUUAUGGGCUCCAUGUUUCGCAGCGAGGAGGUGUGCCUAGUGCAGCUCUUCCUUCAGUCCGGUUCGGCCUACAACUGCGUCAGUGAGCUGGGAGAACUGGGCCUGGUGGAGUUCAGAGACUUAAACCCGAAUGUGAACGCCUUUCAGAGGAAGUUUGUCGGCGAGGUCAGGCGAUGUGAGGAACUUGAGAAAACUUUUACCUUCCUGGAGCAGGAGAUCAAACGCUCCCUGUCUCCACCCCUGCAGUGUCCCCUCCCUCCUCCGUGCCCGACACCAUCGGCUCCUCAGCCCCGAGAACUCAUCACCAUAGAGGAGGAGUGCGAGCGGCUGGCCAGAGAACUCAAAGAGGUGUCCAGGAACAGAGACAGCCUGCGGGCUCAGCUGACCCAGCUCUGUCAGUACAGAGGAGUCCUGACCAGGACGCACUCUCUCACAGCCUCACAGGCGCCACCACCUGUUCUGGAAAGUCAAGGCCUGUUCGAUAACCGCCAAGAUGUCCACCUUAGUUUCGUGGCGGGAGUGGUCCAUCCGUGGAAAGUUCCCUCAUUUGAACGGUUGUUGUGGCGAGCCUGUCGUGGGUAUAUCAUCGUGGAUUUCAGAGAGAUGGAGGAUCGGCUUGAGCACCAGGAGACGGGGGAAAUGGUGCAGUGGACAGUGUUCCUCAUCUCGUAUUGGGGAGAUCAAAUUGGACAGAAAGUGAAGAAGAUAUGUGACUGCUUCCGUACACAGACAUUUGCGUACCCGGAGAGCACUGCGGAGAGAGAGGAGAUUCUCCAGGGACUUCAAGGCAGAAUUGAAGAUAUCAAAUCAGUGUUGUCGCAGACAGAGGCCUUCCUGCAGCAGCUGCUGAUGCGGGCAGUGGCCGUGUUGCCCCAGUGGAAAGUGCGCGUGCAGAAGUGUAAGGCAGUCCAGAUGGUGCUGAAUCUCUGCAGCCCCUCCGUCACAGACAAAUGUCUGAUCGCUGAGGCCUGGUGUCCCAUCGCCAAGCUGCCUGAACUGCAGAGCGCUCUGAGAGAGGGGGGGAGGAAGAGUGGCAGUGGCGUUGACUCUUUCUACAACCGCCUGCCUUCCACCACGCCUCCACCUACCCUGUUUCCCCUCAACUCCUUCACAGCUGGUUUUCAGAACAUUGUUGAUGCUUACGGUGUGGCCAGCUACCGUGAAGUCAAUCCAGCGGUGUACACCAUAAUUACAUUCCCCUUCCUGUUUGCUGUAAUGUUUGGGGAUGUGGGUCACGGUAUUCUGAUGACUAUGGCUGCCCUCUGGAUGGUCCUUGAGGAGAAGGACCCCAAACUCAAGAACAGCACCAAUGAGAUCUGGAGGAUGAUGUUUGGAGGAAGGUAUCUGAUUUUGCUGAUGGGGCUGUUCUCGAUCUAUACGGGGGCCAUUUACAACGAGUGCUUCAGCAGAGGCCUCAGUCCCUUCAACUCAGGGUGGCACGUUGGCCCGAUGUUCGAGAACAAUAUUUGGAAUUCAUCAGUCCUGGCAGGGAGUCAGUACUUGACCAUGGAUCCUAAUGUGACCGGUGUCUUCACCAGCCCCUAUCCAUUUGGCAUUGACCCGGUCUGGGGACUUGCUUACAACAAACUAACUUUCCUUAAUUCAUAUAAGAUGAAGAUGUCAGUCAUCAUCGGUGUCAUUCAUAUGACUUUCGGAGUCUGCUUAUCAUUCUUCAACUACUGGCACUUUGGCCAGAUAAGCAGCGUGUUCCUUGUGCUGAUCCCUGAGCUGUUCUUCAUGCUGGGUCUUUUUGGCUACCUGAUAUUUAUGGUGAUCUUCAAGUGGAUCGUCUACACUCCCUUCGAUUCCAAUAUCGCACCCAGUAUACUUAUCCACUUCAUAGACAUGUUCCUCUUCUCAGACAACCCUGACAACCCAAAGCUCUAUCAUGGACAGAUUGUGGUGCAGAAGGUCCUGGUGGUGCUGGCCCUGUGUUCUGUCCCGAUCCUCCUGCUUGGGAAACCUGUGUAUGAAUACAUCACAUUCAAUAACAGACGACAUCAGUUGGAGGAAGACAGACGUCUGCUGGUGGCCGAUGACGGCUCCAUCAACACUCGUCAGGGGGAGGUGGAGGGAGGAGCUGCUGAGGAGGAGGAGUUUGACGCAGCAGACGUCUUCAUGCAUCAGGCCAUCCACACCAUAGAGUACUGCUUGGGCUGCAUCUCCAACACGGCCUCUUACCUCCGACUCUGGGCUCUCAGUUUGGCACAUGCACAGCUUUCAGAGGUGUUGUGGGUGAUGGUGAUGCGUAUAGCCCUGAGGUGGGAGGGCUAUGUGGGAUCUGUAGUCCUCUUUGUGAUUUUUGCCUUCUUUGCGAUGUUGACUGUCUCCAUCCUGCUGGUUAUGGAGGGACUCUCAGCUUUCCUGCACGCACUGCGUCUGCACUGGGUGGAGUUUCAGAACAAGUUCUACAGCGGAUCAGGCUACAAGCUGAGCCCUUUCUCAUUCUCAUCUCUAAUCAAUGCAUCAGCUGCCAUGUGAUCAGCCAAACGCUUACAUUAACUUAUGUAUACCAUUAGGUACUUGGUUUGCGGCUACACACAUCACAAUGACUCUGUUUCUCCGUCUUAACAAUGGUAUUCUAUUGCCUGUGGGCUAUGAAGAGGUUUAAUUGACCUGCACAAUGAUUAUGAUGAUAAAGACUGUUAUUUUUGCAUCAGUAGAAUGAGUCCUAAAAUAAUGAAUUACAUUAUGAAAUGACAAAUAUAAUUUUGUAUCCCCUUGCUAAUUUUUUUCACUAUUAGUGUUAUGUACUGCUUACUAAUUACACUUACUCAAAAAAAAUAGUAAUCAUUUACUUUUCACUGUAUGAACAUGUGUUAUAGACAUCAGUUAUGAAAAGGGAAAGCUCACCAGUUAGUGAAUUUGUUCUGCAGUUUAAGGGAAUGUAUGAUUGUUAAUUUGGUGUGUUGUGCUUUGAUAAGCCAGAACUUUAGGAUUCUCCAAAUGAUAGCAGGGAAUUAUCUGAAUGAUUUUCAUGAGCCAAAGAUCCUUUUUUUCCUCAUCGUCCUGUCUUCCGAGCACAAAACACAACAGGUAUUUAUUGUUUUUUUCAUGUGCCUUACUUGGAUUGAGUGCUUGUUUAUCCACUCAUUCUUUUUGACAGAUCAUAACCUCCAUCAUCAUGCCACUCUUUUGAACAAAGCUCUGUCCAGACGUUUCUCGCGCUUUUUUCUCUCUGCCGGUUUGCACUGUAAAAUGGAUCAACUCUGAACUGAAAUUAAAUACGAUUUUCUUGUUUAA